UUGGAAUCAAUUUCAAAACAUUUAUAAUAAAACAAAAGCUAGACGUACACAUGACAUAAUAAAAUGACGUUUUAUGUAAAAUAACGAAACCGCAGUUUAAAAUGCUACUGACAAUUAAAUUUCAUAGGGUAGGUUCGUCCGAAAACGUUAUUCGCUGGCAAAUAAGAUGAAACCGAGUUGCGAUCAGUAUACGCUUGAUAUAAUUGCUCUGAAAAGGCCCACAACUUUGGACAAGCUUGUCGAAACAAUUCCUAAGCCCAAAGGUGCGAUUCCAAAUUUUGGUCUACCAAAAUGGAAGGUAAUGCCAUUGGAAUCAAAAAUUCCUAUGGUACCUGGACCAGAAGGAGCUUACAAUUUUACUCGUAGUAAAAUUGGACAUGGAUUAUGGACUCCAACAGCAAAUGCAGAGUUUAAUUUAAGCGAUCCAUACUGCUAUGAGAUGAAAAUGAGCUAUGACUCACUUCAUGACAAGCACUUGGUACCUUAUUUCUCUAGACCAAAGAAUCUUGAACAUUUGAUCAAAGCCGGUCUCGUUACCAAGGAUCUGGAUGCAAAAUGCUCUUUAAAGGAUUAUAAUAUGUACAGAAAAUAUUUGAGAAGAAUACACUGUGAUAACAUAAAGAAAGAAUUGGAGAAAAGAGAAAAAUGGUCUAUCGAAGAUAGGGCUAUUCAAUAUGCAGAAGAGCAAGGAAAGAAAGAAGUGAAAAAAUUAAAAGAAAGAGAAAGAUUAAUGGAGUUGAGGAAGGCAGUGAUCAGACAUCGUAAAAUGGCCGAAAAAUUGAAACUUCAAAAACAGAAAGAAAAGCAACAGAGAGCAGAAGAAAGGAUACGAUCAUUAAUUCAGAAAAAGAUAGAAGAUCAACGCUUACGACAUAUUAAAAGCGAAGCACGUGACGAGAUUAUUAAACAGAAGCUAAAAGCUGCUGCGGAUAUCAGACGACAAAAGAUAAUUCAAACUUUUCUAGACUGGAGAAGAAAGGAACGUAAACGUAAAAAAAUUAUACAAAUGCGAUUAGCACGCGAACGUGAAGAGAAACUGAAGAUAGUGGAGCAGAAAUGGGAGGAAAGACAAGAGUUUCAAAAGAAACAAAUAGAAAAGGAACAAUUUUUGUUACAAUGUGUAGAAGAUCAACGUAAAGAAUUUAUAGAAGCAUAUCAAGCAAAAAUAAGAAAGGAAACAGAAAGAAUGAAAAGGCUUUUAGAGGAUGUGAAAAUGUAUAUAAAAUGUUACUUCGCUAGACGUAGACCUGGAAGUAAAGAACGAAUUUGUUGCGAGAAAUAUUUUGAAGACGACGACGAGGAUAAAAGUGUAUCAUCUAAGUCAUACCCUGGUACUAAAUCUACUGCAAUGAAACAAAAAAAAGAUAGCAAAUCCACUGAACUUGGUAAAUCCUCUAAAACAACAUCAUCAUCAAAAAUAUCAGAAACAAAGAAAAAAAGAUUAAAAGCAAUAAAAGGUACAAGUCCAAAAGUAAAAGGGAGAAUGAUCAAAAGUACAAGUUCAAAGGCAAAAAAAGUUAAAAAACAAGCUGAAAAGGAAGGUUUAAAAGUAACAAAACAAAGAUCAUCUAAGGCUCAGAAAGGUACUAAAAAAAGAAAAGGAGGAAAAAGAAGAAGAAAGAAAAAAGGAAAAGCAGAAGAUGUUGACGAGCCAGAAGAAAAAGCUGAAAUGGAAGAAAUAGUACCAUCUGCAUCGACAUCUAAAACAGGAACUCCUGAAUCAGCUGCUUCUGAAUUUAGUGAUAAAUGCAGAUGCCAGAUAAUUAAAGAUGCUAGGAAAACGGAUGAAACUUAAAAACAUUUCAAAGUAAACUUAAGUAACAUUUCAACUUACA